AUGAUGAAACACGAUUUUCCAGUUCUGAAAAAUGACAGAUUUUUAAAAGCUGCCCGAGGAGAAGAAGUUGACAAGAUACCAGUAUGGAUAAUGAGACAGGCUGGAAGAUAUUUACCUGAAUUUCGGGAAUUUCGAACCAAGCAUGAUUUUUUUUCUAUUUGCCAGACACCAGAGUAUGCAUGCGAAGUUACUUUGCAGCCGAUUAAAAGAUUUGAUCUUGAUGCUAGCAUAAUUUUUUCUGAUAUUCUUGUCAUACCACAGGCUAUGGUCCCUCUGAUUGGAUUCACAGGUGCUCCAUGGACAUUGAUGGGUUACAUGAUCCAGGGAGGUGGAAGCUCUACAAUGGCACAAGCUAGAUCUUGGCUUUAUAAAUAUCCUCAAGAAUCUUUAGAGCUUUUACAAUUGAUCACUGAUAUAAUUAUUGAUUAUUUAGUAAUGCAAGCUAAAUCUGGUGCUCAGGCACUACAAGUAUUUGAAAGUCAUGCAGAUUAUUUAAAUGAUGAACUUUUUGAUAUUUAUUCAUUGCCUUUUCUCAAAAAAAUCAGUGAACAAGUAAAACUCAAGUUGGAUGAAUUAGGAAUUCCUAGAGUUCCAAUGAUUGCAUUUCCAAAAGGCGCUACUUUAAAUUCUUUGGAACGUCUUGCUAAAACAGAAGCUUACGAUGUGAUAGGAAUUGAUUGGACAGUAGAGCCAUCAGAUGCAAGGACACGUUUAGCAAAGGCAACUGUUCAAGGAAACAUGGAUCCAUGCGCAAUGUACGCAAGUGAAGAGCAAGUUUACGAGCGUGCAAGAAAAAUAGCAUCACAGUUUAGUAAAAAAGGGUAUAUUGCUAAUUUGGGUCAUGGAAUCCUUCCAGAUACGCCGAUUGCAUCGGUGGAAGCUUUUAUACGUGGUGUACAUUCCUUGUAA